GACCCUGAAGGAGGAGGAGGAGGAGGAGGAGGAGGAGGAGGAAGCCAGCAGCAGCAGCAGCCUCGACAGGUGCCAGGCUGGGAGGGCCCCUGCCUUGGCUCCCUUCCUUGGCCCUCUGGGGCUCGGAGAAGAUGGUCUCCAAGCUGAGCCCUUUGCAGAGCGAGCUCCUCCGCGCCUUGCUGGGCUCGGGCCUCUCCAGGGAGCAAUUGCUCCAAGCCGUCGAGGAACUCAUGCCAGGCGGCGGCAGCAGCAACAGCAGCAGCAGCAGGGCGAGUAACACCAGUCCCAAUGGCACCCACUUCGGGGUCAAGCUGGAGAACCUGCAGCUCUCCCCGGGACACGCCGAGGCCUCCUCCACCGGGGAGAGCAAGCUGGUCUUCCACACUCUGACCAACGGCAGCAGCAGCGGCAGCAAAGGCAAGCUCUCCGGGGACGACGAAGGCUCCGAGGACGGCGACGACUUCGACACGCCGCAGAUCCUCCGCGAACUGCAGGCUCUCAACACCGAGGAAGCCGCCGAGCAAAGGGCCGAAGUGGAAAGAAUGGUCAGCGAGGACCCUUGGCGGGGCAAAAUGAUAAAAGGUUACAUGCAACAACACAACAUCCCCCAAAGGGAAGUGGUGGACGUCCACUGGACUGAACCGUCUCAUCUCUCCCAACAUCUCAACAGGGGACCCCCAUGAAAACCCAGAAAGCGUGCAGCCCUCUACACGUGGUACGUCCAGCAGAGGGAGAUUCUUAGGCAAUUCAACCAGACAGUCCAGGGUUCUGGAAAUAUGACAGACAAAAGCAGUCAAGAUCAGCUGCUGUUUCUCUUUCCAGAGUUCAACCAGCAAAGCCAGGGCAUGGGCCAGAUAGACGACUCCUGUGCCGAAACGCCCAGCAAGAAGAUGCGGCGCAACCGCUUCAAGUGGGGUCCUGCUUCUCAGCAGAUAUUGUACCAGGCCUACGACCGGCAAAAGAACCCCAGCAAGGAGGAAAGGGAAGCCUUGGUAGAGGAGUGCAACAGGGCAGAAUGCCUCCAGCGAGGUGUGUCCCCUUCGAAAGCGCAUGGCUUGGGUUCAAAUUUGGUGACGGAAGUCCGCGUCUACAACUGGUUUGCAAACCGGAGGAAAGAGGAGGCCUUUCGCCAAAAGUUGGCCAUGGACGCCUACAACACAGGCCAGCCUCACACCAUGAACCUUUUGCUCUCUCACGGCUCUCCUCACCAUGCCCAAACCAGCUCUUCCCCGCCAAGCAAAAUGCCAGGAGUGCGCUACAGCCAGCCCGGGAGCAAUGAAGUCACGUCGUCCUCGGCCAUUAGUCAUCAUGGGAACAGCUCUAUGGUGACAACCAGCCAGGCUAUUCUCCAGCAAGGGUCUCCAGCCGGUUUGGACCCGAGCCACGGCCACAGCCUGCUCUCGCCGGAUGGUAAAAUGAUUACAGUUUCUGGAGGUGGGCUCCCCCCGGUCAGCACUCUCACCAAUAUCCACAGUUUCUCCCAUCACAAUCCACAACAGUCCCAGAACCUCAUCAUGGCGCCCUUGUCGGGAGUCAUGGCUAUCACACAAAGCUUAAACAGUUCCCAAGCGCAGACGGUGCCCGUCAUCAACAGCGUGGCCAGCAGCCUGGCAGCCCUGCAACCCGUCCAGUUCUCCCAGCAGCUGCACAGCCCUCACCAGCAAUCCCUCAUCCAACAGUCGCCCAACCCUAUGGCCCAGCAGCCCUUCAUGGCUACAGUCACACAGCUGCAGAAUUCACAUAUGUACGCGCACAAGCAGGAACCCCCUCAGUAUUCCCACACGUCCCGGUUCCCUUCGGCCAUGGUGGUUACGGAUGCCAGCAGCAUCAGUUCAUUAACCAAUAUGUCUUCCAGUAAACAGUGUCCACUACAAGCUUGGUGAUACCGCUCCACACACCGCUUCCUUGCUUCUACAAACUAGAAAUGGCAUUUUUGACCUCAUCCUGCCAGUAACCGAUGGUGGAGUCUUGGGGCCAGGCGGGUUGACCACAGUGGUGAGAUUGUCCGGCAUCGUUCACACCAGACAACUCAACCCAGAGAGAGGGUCAAAGACAACAGCUUUCGGAGACCUGUUGCCACAGGAGCAAAAAAUUGUGUCUGCGUGGGCCUGCUCCUCCGAGGCAGCACUUUCCCCACAGUAUUUACCAAGGCUUUUUGUCUUCAGGAUUUUGAAAGUAUUGGCCUUCCCGGGGGCAUUGGUUUCUUGCGAGAGAGAGAGAGACGAAAGAACAAAAUGGUGACCGGACUGAGAAGGAGCUUGGAGAGCGUGCAAAGCAGAAGAUCAAUCAUAUUUAUAAAGUUGCAUUCCUCUGCCAGAAUGAAUUGGAGAAAGAGAGAGAAAAACUGGGGCUGUUACUUCAGGUUGAAAAAGAGGGGCCAUCGAACUGAGCCGUCCGAAAUGUAUAUAGAGAAACUCAAUUUCCUUGGCUCUUCCCUCGCCUUCUCCGCGGCCUACUGAAAGAGAUUUAUAUUAAAGAAAAUUAACAUUGUCCAAUGCAUGUAUAAAGAAAUUAAGUGCAAUGUUCCACGUUUGUACAUAGCAACAUGCAAUCUCUUAUUAAGCCUUCCUUUUGUUGGUUUUGUACAUUUGCAAUGUGCCUUGAUUUUGAGUUUGGCCUUUCAUGAGAAAGAAGAACACAAAACUAUCCAAGGAUGGUUUGGGGAAAAACAGGGAUGGCCUUAGUGUUUUUUUUACCAUUCUGGGCAUCAAAAUCAAGGCUAGGAAAUAAAGCAUCAGCUACUAGAAAUAAAGGGGUAGUCCUUCAUAAAAUAUAUAAGCCAUCCCUUUCCAAUUUCCUCUAACUUUAGCCAAAUCCUGGUACCUCUGUAGUCUUUUAAAACUAGUUAAAAAAGAAAGGAGAGGGGAAUAAUGGGAUCAACUCUCUUCCUCAGAUUCACAUUUCGCAUCCAGAUCAGGAGUGGACUGACAUGCAUGAAAGCUCAUGCUAAAAUAAAUCAGUCUGAAAGGUGCUGCUUGAUUCUUUCAUCCCCCUCCCUUUCCAAAGACUAACACGGUUAACUCUUUGCAAGCUAAAAGUAGUUAGGAAAGCUGUAGAAUCAAUAUACAGAGAGAUCUUGUAGCACCUUUGAGACUCACUGAAAGAAAGAAGUUGGCAGCAGGAGCGUUCACAGACUUCACUAAAUGCACCUGAGAAAGUAGACCGAAGUCUACGAAAGCUCCUGCCAACUUCUUUCUUUCAGUCAGUCUCAAAGGUGCUACAAGAUCUCUGCAUACUGAUCCUAUAGACUAACACAGCUAUAUCUUUGAAUCCUAUCAGUUUGUAGCAGUUGAAGUAAGAAGAAGCUGGAGAGGAAAGUGGGAGAAGUAGAGAGAAAGUGGCUCAUUUUAAAAGCAUCUGAAAAAGCUGGUUGACAGAGGAAUAACUGGGACUGUCCCAGCCAAACUGGGACAGAUGGAGAGUAUGCUAACAUAUGCAUAAAACCACAAUGGUGCCCUUAGACUUAGCAAUCUAAAACGAUGUGAAGUCGAAGGCUUUCAUGGCCAGCAUCCAUAAUUUCUUGUGGGUUUUUCGGGCUAUCUAAAAAGGCACAGCACAGGGGGAAAAUGAAAAGGGGCUAACGCUUAUUCUGUUUUCCUAGGGGGAGAUAUACGGGAGAAGGUUUGAAUGAUCUGGGCUCAGGAUUCAGAAGUAGAAGAGGAGCUACUCAUCUCCAGAUGUACAUUAUACAGGCCUGGAAUUCAAAGAUAUAGCCGUGUUAGUCUGGAGAAGCAGUAUGCAGGGACGUCUUGCAGUGCCUUUGAAACGAAUGGAAAGAAAGAAGUUUGCAAGCAUGAUUUUUCAUAGGCUUAAGUUUACUUCUUCAAAUGCAUCGGAGGAAGUAGACUGAAGUCUAGGAAAGCUCAUGCUGCCAACUUCUUUCAGUGAGUCUCAAAGGUGCUUCAAGACCUCUCUGCAUACUCAUUAUAUAGACCUAGUAUCUGCCCCAAGUCAAGCCUAGUAGCCAAGAUCCAAGCCUAAAACCCUUGUCUGGAUCCCGCUACAUAAAACAUGGCUUCCUCUCUCCCAGUAAUUUUAGGGUGUCCAAAGAGGCAAAAGGCACCAGAUCAUGUCUGAUCUUGGAAGCUAAGCAGAGUCAGCCCUGUUUAGCUUUGGCUGGGAGACCAUCAACGAAACCAAGUUGAGUCACCCUUAUCUGCAAUUCUGAAAUCCAAAAUACUCCAAAAUCCAAAAAUUGUCUGCAUGGGCAGCUGAGAUAGUGACCCCUUCGCUUUCCGAUGGUUGAACGUACACAAACUUUGUUUCAUGCACAAAAUUAUUAAACACGUUGGGUAUAAAA